CUUAAUCUAAUCUAAUCCUAUAAAAGAGUAUCUACCUCACAUAACAAUUUCAUAUAUCCAAAUAUUCCAUGGAAGACCAAACAAAAGAUAUUAGAAAGAGUAGUUUGAGAAAGCGUUUGAUGGGAAAGAAGAGUAGCAUGUUAUGGUUGAAGAAAGUGAAGAAAGAAAUUUGGCCAUGGAGAUUCUCUGCGUUUAGGUGGAAACGACUUGAUCAUCUUCAAACGACAUUCAUGGAUACCGUUGUUUUUAGGAUACUCUCUGUUGCUGAAGCUGUUGUUCUUGUCUCCACUGUUUGCUUCUUCUAUCUUUGUUGUGGCUGCCAUUUCUGAAUGAUAAGUAAUGUCACAUGCAUGUAUUUGAAUAUUUCAUUAAUUCAUUAUUUCUUGACAAGUUUAACUUGUUUUUGUGGGUUUCUCGUAAAUAAAUAACAUUGUACAUGUGGUUACACAAAGCUUGUAAAUUUUGUAAUCAAUUGCUUUUCAUAUUAUUUAUAUAUGUAAUUGGAUUUUAACUUUCAAGUUCUUACUGCGAUUAUAUCAUUGAUGCUCUUACUGCCA